GGGAAAUAACGGAAACUUCCUUUCGACUCUUUCCACUUAAUUAAUUCUAGACGUUGCCCGAUAUUACUUGGGAAAACGGUUUCGAAAUUAUAACCUCUUCCCUCCACUAUAAAUACACUUGCUUCUUUUCUUCCUAGUCAAGUUUGGCUUGAAACUCCUUUACAUAAACCAAUCAACAAAGCAAUACUUUUCUCCUCUUGUUAUUUCUUUCCCCAAUUAGAAGCAAAAAAGAAAAAAGCAAAAGCAACAAAGAAGAUGAUGAUGUCAAUUUUCAGUUCAUUUGAUGCUCUCUCCGCUGAGAUUUUCGGCCAAAAAGUGACCCGCUCUUGGCCACCAGCCACUUCUGACAACAAACAACCUGCUGUGGGCCCUACUGUAUCAGAUCGCAAGGCCGCCGCCGUUUCUCCACCGUCUACUUCCUCAAACGGUGGACUGAACAAGGCCGGAGAGGCGGCGGCGCCGUCAACUUCAAAAUCGGUUUCGAGGCCGCAGCAGCAAAGAAGGCCCAGGUUUGCGCCGGAAUUGGAUGGUGUUCACUGUUUCGAAACAAUUAUUCCUUAUUGAGCUUAUAUGAAGUCUAAGAAGAAUGAUAUUCUUUGUUCUGUUUGAUUGUGAUUAGCAAACGGCCAUAUAAUAGUAAAUCACGGAGAUUGGUACAAUUUACUGAUCUUUUAGUAUUAAAUCCGAUAAUUCUUUACUUGUUUGAA